CAAGCGAGGGACUAUAGGAGACAAGGGAGGGGGAAUGGGGAGAGAGAGAAACCAAAACACAAGCGAAAGUGCUGAAAAAGGAAGAUUUGGUACCUACUUUUAUCAAUAGUCAAAUGAUGAUUUAUCGUUUGCAAUAGCCUUAAAUUAUUUUCAUUUUACUGCAGUAUCUCUUUUGAGAAGAACUUUGAGAAAAACUUAAGUACAGAACAGCACUUAAUGCGGUUAUUAAUAUGGCUACUGUCACAAAUAUAUAUGUUCCAAAAAAGUUUACUGGAAGGGUUAUCGGUCCAAGAGGAUGGAUUCUAAAUAAAAUUCAAACGGAAACUAAGACCAAAAUUAGACACUUUAAAGAAAAUGGAUACUUUGAAGUGAAAGGCGAUAAGGACGCACAGCACAAGGCCAAGCUUCAAAUAAAGAAAAUUGUAUCAGAUCCAAGAAUUUUUAAAGAUCAUCCUAUAAAGGUCACCUUUUUAGAUGACUCCUAUCUGGAAGAAGGCAGUGAACUAAAACUUUUAAAAGUCGCUACACAUUUGAAUAUUGGGAAGGAGUGUUACAAACUUUUCUUGACUGAGGAAUCAAGGGAAUCUCUUAGUAAGGAGGUUUGUUGCCUUGAUCCUCUACAUGGGCCUUUACUUGAGAAGCUCAAGACUUUACACACCAAGAAAACAGACACUGCAUUCGAUCUGUGGGGGCACUUUGGGUAUUCGUACAUUGUGGAUAUUGAUGAGGAGGACGAAAACGAUAUUUUUACACCACAAAAAAUUCGAAGCCAUCUAAAGUUUGGCAUCCAGCCUUCGCCAACGGCGACCUGGUCAAUAGCUUUUCAAAGUGGGAUCGCAGAACAACGAGUCGAGCAGCUUUGCAAUGAUAUCCAAUCCGGAUUCCCUUGCUCCGUAAAGCCGAUAAUCAGAUACGAUAUUUGCUUCUACACUCCAACUUGCCAUCAGCUUCGAAUAAAGGUAUUUAUGACGCUGGAUGUCAAUGAACCCUUUGAAAAGUCGGAUGAUUUGCUCUCUUUCCAUUACACGCGAGAUGAAAAAGUUAAAUUCUGUCUCUGUUUACGCUACACCAAGCUUCUUUCAUUUGACAUCCUCAUUCCUUCCAGACAGCUCGGCUCCCGUUUGUUGUUACGAUCAGUCCCCAAGGCAGAGACUCCUCCGCCUGAGAUGGAAGAGGAGCAGAGGAUCAUGGUCGACUAUUUGUCAAAAGCAUUGAUUGUCAAUGAAGAAGGGUGUGUUGACCUCUCCUGUGACUAUCCGCUACCAGACGGCUUUGACCAAGCCUAUUGGCGUCGCAGCGUGCGCUCUACGUACCCCUUCAACAUCGGCGGAGAAUCAUUUAAAGUAAUGAUAUCCAAGGAAGAGGCAUGGGACCAUGGAAAAUUCGAAAAUAAGGCUGAUAUCCACGUUCAUUGUAAUUUCUGGGACGAAAAAUUAAAAGAGGGUGAUUGGGAGCCAGAAGAGAUUGCUAGUAAACUCCCAAGUUUUCUAAGCUUUGUCAGGGAUGUUCAGAGGAACUUCAGCUUGGGAGACGAACAAGACGGUGCGAUAUAGCGGAUAAUAAUAAUUAUUAUUAUACACUGUGCUCACUAUGUGGACUGUGAUUGCCUAAGAGCUCGCACUUUAUUUUGAGAAUCACGCAAUCUGAGGGCCUUCACUGAUCAGCCGGCUGAUCAGUGAUUCUACGCGCGCAAUGCAUCUUGGGCCUAGGGCGCUAGGAUUUGAUUGUAAGAAGUGGCGGCCUUUGUGCAAAUCUUGUUAUACAUUUUGUUUUCGAGAAAGUGUGUUUUACUGAAUCAAUGUAUAAUAAAUAAUGCCUCGCUGAGUUAAAUCGACAA